AAUAAGAUUUCGGAAGAGCUUUGCAAAUUCCCAUGACCAUUAACAGCUAACCCCUCUAGUCGAAGCCAUCCCCCCACAAAGAUCAAAUACUCCUGACUCGUCCAUCUCUCCUCUCAAUCUUUCUUAACCUGUUGAUCUAUCAACUAUUUGCGCAAUAUAAGGAGCAUAUUAAAAUCGAUAUAAGGACACUAAGGCUUGUGAAUCAUACUUAACUAAGUAGCUAGGUGCUAGAUAUGUCUGAUCCGCCCUCAGUACCAGCGGCAGAAACGACAGCUUCGACCUCGACGAAUGCUCCCGCACCAGGAGUUACCAAUCCAAAUAUUCUCCCAGCGUCUCAUUGGGCUACAAUACCGCAUACAGAAGAUACAGACGACGAGGAUUCUUCUUACGAGGAUGACAAUGCCAGCUCAACCGCGUCGCUAACUUCCAGUAUCCUCGAAUAUCGAACAGUAAACGGACGUACCUACCAUAGUGAACGUGGAAAUGCGCAGUCAUGGAACCCCAACGAUGCUCUUCAUGACGAGUCUAUGGACAUUCUUCAUCACGUCUCGACUUUAAUGCAACGAGGGAAGAUUUACCUGGCCCCUAUUAAAGAUGAUGUUCAGAAAGUAUUGGAUGUGGGAUGCGGCACAGGGAUAUGGGCAAUUGACUUCGCCGACUUGUUUCCGAGCGCUGAGGUCGUUGGUGUCGAUAUCUCACCCCAGCAGCCACAAUGGAUCCCACCCAACCUGAAAUUUGAAGUAGACGACGUGACACAACCGUGGACAUAUGAACGGAACAGCUUUGACUACAUACAUUUACGUUGGCUCACUGGCUCCAUUCCAGAUUGGGACGCUCUUUAUCGGGAGAUCUUCGCAACACUAAAACCCGGCGGGUACUUUGAACAUAAAGAAUCGGCCUGUAUGCUGGUGAGCGACGACGGCACAGUUCGUGAAGGGUCUGCUAUAGACCAAUGGGGCAAAGUGUUCACAGAAGCUGGGAAGAAGUUUGGUCGAUCCUUUAGUGUUGUUGAGGACGGACUCCAAGUAGAGGCUAUGAAGAAAGCGGGAUUCGAAAUCAUACAAGAGGAGAACCUGAAGACACCGCUAGGACCGUGGCCGGCGGAUGAGAAUGAGAAACAGAUCGGGCUAUAUAACAGGCUAGCUAUCGAGCAAGACGUUGAAGGAUUUUUGAUGUAUAUGUGGACUAUGGUGAUGGGCUGGACCAAGGAAGAGAUUCAAGUCUAUGCUGCCCAUCUACGGCGUGAGUUACGAUCUCCGAAUAUCCACGCUUAUUACCCCCAGAGGGUAGUCAUCGGUCGAAAACCAGAGAGGUCUCCAUGAGGAUGUCAUUAAACCAGUGCCGGAUCACAUUCAUACCAACCUACCCCUGAUCAUGCUCGACAGCCUUCAGGCUAUUGGCCAUUGUAUUGCAAUCAGUGACACAAACAGUAAGCAACAAAAUAAUAGAAGUGGACUGAUCUAAACCAAUAGAAUGAAUGGUUUAGCACUGAUGUACCGAUUAGUCGGUUUGAAUAUAACUUUUUUUUUUUGAA